AUGGCAGAGACUCAUGGUUUGAUGGAGAGGCUGGAGAAAGCAGUGACUCGACUUGAAUCACUGUUUUCAGAUUCACACGCAUCUGGUGGAAUGGGGUGUGAUGCGAUCAAUGGAGUCAAUGGAAGCAUAGCACCGUAUGUUGAAGCCUUUGAUAGGCUGCUGAACGGAAGUGUUGCUGAGUUUCUCAGGUACAGCAAGAUUCUUGAAGGUGACGUGAAGACACAUGCAGAGAUGGUACGUGCUGCUUUCCAAGCGCAGAGAUCUUUCCUGCUGUUAGCAUCUCAAUGUCAAGAGCCUCAAGAGAAUGAGGUGGCAAUGCUUCUCAAACCAAUAUCAGAGAAGAUUCAGGAAAUCCAGAACUUCAGAGAAAGGAAUAGAGGAAGUAAAAUGUUCAACCACCUCUCAGCCAUCAGUGAAAGCAUACCUGCCCUUGGGUGGAUAGCAGUGUCUCCUAAACCAGGCCCUUAUGUCAAGGAGAUGAAUGAUGCUGCUACCUUUUAUACUAACAGGGUAUUAAAGGACUACAAGCACAGCGACACACGCCAUGUUGAUUGGGUGAAGUCAUACCUGAACAUCUGGUCUGAGCUUCAAGCUUAUAUCAAAGAGCAUCAUACCACAGGGCUCACCUGGAGUAAAACUGGUCCUGUUGCAUCACCCAUGUCCAUGCGAUCUGUUUUAACAAGCGGGUCAUGCGUCUCCCCACCGCCACCGCCACCACCGCCACCACCUGGACCUCCCCCCAUCUUUGAUACAGAAACCGUAAAGGAUGAAGGAACUGCAGCUCGCUCAGCCCUAUUUGCACAGCUUAACCAGGGAGAGGCAAUUACCAAAGGGCUUCGACAUGUCUCUGAUGACCAGAAGACUCACAAAAACCCCAGCCUACGUGCCCAAGGUCCAUCUGUUCGUUCUCCAACAAAAAGCCAUACUCUGAGUCCCACCUCUCCCAAGAAUUCGCCGCAGCAAAGCCAUCCCCCUGUCUUGGAGCUAGAGGGAAAGAAGUGGAGAGUGGAAUAUCAAGAGGAUAAGAAUGACCUGGUCAUUACCAACACUGAACUAAAGCAAGUGGCCUACAUUUUUAAGUGUAGCAAAUCUACGCUUCAGAUAAAAGGAAAAAUCAAUUCAAUUACUAUUGACAACUGUAAAAAGUUUGGCCUUGUGUUUGACAACGUCGUGGGAAUCGUGGAAGUGAUCAAUUCCAGGGAUAUUCAGAUUCAGGUGAUGGGGAAAGUGCCAACCAUUUCUAUUAACAAAACAGAAGGCUGCCACAUCUACCUCAGUGAGGAAUCAUUAGAUUGUGAGAUUGUGAGUGCCAAGUCAUCCGAAAUGAACAUACUCAUCCCCCAAGAUGGUGAUUAUAAAGAAUUUCCGGUUCCUGAACAGUUCAAGACAGCAUGGGAUGGAUCUAAGUUGGUCACUGAACCUGCAGAAAUUGUGGGUUAACUUCCUAACGCCAUACAGCACUUGCUGACCGUGACCAGACCGCAGCCAGCGUCAACAAAGCAGUAAUGUAAAGAACUAGAAGUAGCAGGAGUUCAUUCUGCUGUGAUAGGCCUUCAAGCAUUAGCUCUGCAUGCUUGAAACAAUAACACAUCUGGCACGCUUUUGUUAGGCAUCCCAGUUAUUUUCCACGUUUCCACACAGUUUGCCUUCACAUACAAUUUGAAUUCUAAAUGCUGUCAUGUGAAUGUAAUGGAUUAAAACCCCCGCCCUCCAGUCACAUCAUGGGUUUGCAAUACUGCGUACAUUAAGCCAAAAUACUGCAUGAUACACUUUGUUACCAUCUUGCUUCAGUGCAUUCCUUUUUCUUUUUCUGCUAAUCAAAAACAGCAUUCAGACUUUAAGGUAUUUAUUUUUACCUAUUAAGCAAUUCCUGUAUGAUGCAGUAAA